AUGAUAGAAGGACAGAUGCAGUGGAAGGACAUUACUUGUGGAAACCAAAAGAAAGUAGGAUUAGGUUUUGAGAGUGGCCCUCCUCCCUUUAAUCAUACUUACACUGUUAUUCCCUUAUCUCAAGAAGAAAUUGACAGAGAACCUUUCAUGGUUUAUGGGAAAUCAGCUUCUGAACAAGCAACACGAUCUAAUGAUAAAAUCUUGGAUACUAGCAUUUCUACCUCAAGUGCAGAUAAAAAAGAUAAUGAAAACCAGAAAUCUGACAAGAGCAGUACUAAAUCCAAUGGUAAUAAACAAAUUUGCUUCAAUUGUGGUACUACUGGUCAUAUUGCCAGAAAUUGUUUAAACCGGAUGUUUGUGCAUCACAUGUCAAAAAGGGGAGAGAAUGAGUCUAGAGGACGAUCUUUAAUUAGAAAAUCCUCCAGAACCCGCUCUCGAGAUGAUGACUGGAAAACAAAUCAAAACAAGAAAAUGGCAAGUUUUCAAAAGAACAAACAUGUUUUCAAUAAAUUCACAAAUAGUUUGCCAAAAUCGACCCAAGCUAAGCCUAAGUCAAUUUCGUCAAAGAGUAGGUCUGGAACUUCAAACUCUUCAAGUAGAAAUUCCACCUACUCAAAGCAAACUAAAAAGAAAACUAUUUCAAAACCUAAAUAUCAAUGGAUGCCAAAAUUAAAAUCUGAUCAGUCAUCAUCCUCCUCUGUAUCUAUUGAAAAAGAAAAAUUGAAAGAUGAAUCUAUGAAAGUUAAGGGUCAACCCAGGACUGUAAUGACCUGUGUCCUCAAAUCUAAAUGA